CCCGUCAUGGCUGCUGCCGAACACCAUCACCAUCCUUUACCCAGCGUCCUUCUCCUCUAGCCUCUUUCCCCCUCAUUGAUCCUUCUGGAAGUUUUUCUUUCACUGCUGUUCCACACCUAAUUCAUCCCGUUACUCCUGUGUCACCAUGUCCGGCUACGACCGAGCUCUUUCAGUAUUCAGCCCUGAUGGGCACGUCUUCCAGGUCGAAUAUGCCAUGGAGGCCGUGAAGCGAGGAACUUGCGCCGUCGGUGUCAAAGGCAAGGACAUCGUCGUCCUCGGCUGCGAGAAGCGCUCCGCCCUCAAGCUCCAAGAUACCCGUAUCACGCCCUCCAAGAUCGCCAACGUUGAUGAACACGUCUGCCUCGCCUUCGCUGGACUGAACGCCGAUGCCCGCAUCCUGAUUGACAAGGCCCGGUUAGAGGCCCAGUCACACCGUCUGACGGUCGAGGACCCCGUCACCAUCGAAUAUAUCACCAAAUACGUUGCCGGUGUACAACAGCGUUAUACACAGAGUGGUGGUGUCCGUCCGUUCGGUAUUAGUACGCUCGUCGUUGGCUUUGACAAGAAUGACUCUACACCCCGCCUCUACCAGACCGAGCCCUCUGGUAUCUACUCUGCAUGGAAAGCCAAUGCCAUUGGCCGAUCCAGCAAGACCGUGCGCGAGUUCCUCGAGCGUAACCACCAGGACGACAUGGAUCGUGAACAGACGAUUCAGCUGACUAUCAAGUCAUUGCUCGAGGUGGUGCAGACCGGUGCGAAGAACAUCGAGGUGGCCAUUAUGGCUCCCGGCAAGCGCGUGGAAAUGCUGCCCGACGACCAAAUCGAAUCGUAUGUUAAGAGCAUCGAGACCGAGAAGCAAGAGGAGGCUGCCAAGAAGAAGACCAGCCGGGCCGGUGCUGCCACGGCUGCUAUUCUGACCCGGCCUGGUGGUGGCGAGACGGCCGAAUAAGAAGGAUAGAGGAGGCAUCUGAUUACCGAUAGGGUGAUUGGAUCUGUGAUCUGUGCCUAUUUACGGUAGCGCUGGUCUCUUUACUGGAUGAGAACUCAAAACCACGAAAUUCCUACACAUCUGACACGGACAUUUUUGGAAAUAUUAAUCCCAGUAGUGUAUAUUGGAACAGAG